CCUAAUUCGAGCCAGACUCUGGCGGGUCCCGGGGCCGUGCCGGGCGGGAGAGGACUCCGGCCGCGCGCUUGGCCUCCCCGGGUCCGACCCCUCCUUUGUAAUUUGAAUAAAACGCCUCCCCGUCCGCGCGCCGCCUUAACCCGCCGCCUCGCUCUCCUCUCCCCGACUGCAGGCGGCGUGCGCGCAGGACCCGCGGCGGUGGCCGUGCAGGCAGCGGGACUUCGGCGCGGCUUCUGCAGGGUGCGACCCCCGGGCGUGCCCGCGGCGCGACGAUGAGGGCGCGGCCGCAGGUCUGCGAGGCUCUGCUCUUCGCCUUGGCACUCCAGACCGGCGUGUGCUAUGGCAUCAAGUGGCUGGCGCUGUCCAAGACACCGGCCGCCCUGGCGCUGAACCAGACGCAGCACUGCAAGCAGCUGGAGGGCCUGGUGUCUGCACAGGUCCAGCUGUGCCGCAGCAACCUGGAGCUCAUGCAUACCAUCGUGCGCGCCGCCCGCGAGGUCACCAAGGCCUGCCGCAGGGCCUUCGCCGACAUGCGCUGGAACUGUUCCUCCAUUGAGCUCGCCCCCAACUACCUGCUUGACCUGGAGAGAGGGACCCGGGAGUCGGCCUUCGUGUAUGCGCUGUCGGCGGCCGCCAUCAGCCACGCCAUCGCCCGGGCCUGCACCUCUGGCGACCUGCCCGGCUGCUCCUGCGGCCCCGUCCCAGGUGAGCCACCCGGGCCUGGGAACCGCUGGGGAGGAUGUGCGGACAACCUCAGCUACGGGCUCCUCAUGGGAGCCAAGUUUUCCGAUGCUCCUAUGAAGGUGAAAAAAACAGGAUCCCAAGCCAAUAAACUGAUGCGUCUACACAACAGUGAAGUGGGGAGACAGGCUCUACGCGCCUCUUUGGAAACGAAGUGUAAGUGCCAUGGGGUGUCUGGCUCCUGCUCCAUCCGCACCUGCUGGAAGGGGCUGCAGGAGCUGCGGGACGUGGCCGCUGACCUCAAGACCCGCUACCUGUCAGCCACCAAGGUAGUUCACCGACCCAUGGGCACCCGCAAGCACCUGGUGCCCAAGGACCUGGAUAUCCGGCCUGUGAAGGACUCAGAACUCGUCUAUCUGCAGAGCUCGCCCGACUUCUGCAUGAAGAACGAGAAGGUGGGCUCCCACGGCACACAGGACAGGCAGUGCAACAAGACGUCCAACGGCAGUGACAGCUGCGACCUCAUGUGCUGUGGCCGUGGCUACAACCCCUACACGGACCGCGUGGUAGAGCGGUGCCGCUGCAAGUAUCACUGGUGCUGCUACGUCACCUGCCACAGCUGCGAGCGCACCGUGGAGCGCUACGUCUGCAAGUGAGGCCACGCCCUCGCCCAGCAGGAGCGCGGACUCCUCGGGACCCUCCGCAGGGCGGGGCCUGGAGGCACCCCCUGGACUUUUCCCAUGCGAAUUCCAGAUGCCAGGCGCGGGAGGCGGCUUGUGUUUUGCCUCCACUUGGAAGCCACCAGGAACAGAAGGCCUGGUCACUCUGGAAGGAGGGCCGAGACAUCAAAGGAACCGACAAGAUUAAAAAUAACCUGGCAGCCCCAGGCCCUGGAGUGUCGCGCUGCCUUCCAGACUGGUCCAAGCAGCCAGGGUGAGAGGCUGGUGAGACUGUGUGGACUUGACCUUUCGGGGCCACGAAGAUCAGCCUUUGGGAAUGUUCUGCGGGGCCCUCGGCCCACCACAUGGAACCACUAGAUUGGGUUGUAAAUGUUUUUCGGGUUUUUUUUUUUUUUUCUUCUUCCUCCUUUGGGAUGUGGGAGCUACAGAAAUAUUUAUAAAACAUAGCUUUUUCUUUGGGG